UCGACGCACGCAUCCGCGCACGGAGCAACAAGAUGGUGGAGGGUUUGCCGAGUUAAAAGUUGGAAGUUGGAAGUUGAAAUGUACUUGUUUGGAGAAGAAGGACGACGUGAAAUGUCGCUGCAGCUUCUCUCGGUUUUGUCCUUUUCGCUUUGGUCGCCGACGUGUCACAAGUGAGGACGACUUUGAUGCUUUUCUAGAAGAGACGAGGUCAGACGGCAGCAGUCCAACAUGGCGGCGGCAUCGUAUGACCAACUACUGAGGCAGGUGGAGGUGCUGAAGAUGGAGAACUCUAACCUGCGACAGGAGCUGCAGGACAACUCCAAUCACCUGAGCAAACUGGAGACGGAGGCGUCCAACAUGAAGGAAGUGCUGAAACAGCUACAAGGCACCAUAGAAGAAGACUCUGGGGAAGCGUCUGGCUCUCAGCUGGAGCUCAUAGUGAGACUGAAAGAGAUGAGCCUGGACUCUGCUGGUUUUAUAGCCAGGCAGAGGCCUCCCGUGCUGCCUUCCUCCUCUUCCAGCUCGGCCUCUUCAAGUGGAGCGGCCGGAGGUUCUGCCGGUUCUGCUGCGUUGGUUCCCAGGAGAGGGCUCCUGUGUGCAUCCAGAGACAGCCACGAGCGCUGCCUGGAGGAGCUGGAGAAGGAGAGAGCUCUCCUAUUGGCUGAGCUGGAGAAGGAAGAGAAAGAGAAGGGAUGGUACUACGCUCAACUGCUGAAUCUGACUAAGAGGAUUGACAGUCUGCCUCUCACUGAAAAUUUCACUCUGCAGACGGACAUGAGUCGUCGUCAGCUGGAGUUCGAGGCUCGUCAGAUCCACUCAGCCAUGGAGGAACAGUUGGGCUCCCGUCAGGACAUGGAGAGGAGAGCUGAGGCUCGUACGUCGCGUAUUCACCAGAUUGAGAAAGACAUCCUGAAACUGGGAGCUCGACUCCAGGUGGAGACAUCACAGGGCUCCAAUGACAGUUGUGUCCUGGGAGGUGCUCAGAACACCAGUAUACGCUUGGACCACGAGCCGGCCAGUGAGACGGGCUACUCUGUGCCUCGACGAAUCACUAGCCACUUAGGAACAAAGGUAGAGAUGGUGUACAGUCUUCUGUCCAUGUUGGGGACUCACGACAAGGACGACAUGUCCCGCACAUUGCUUGCCAUGUCCAGCUCGCAGGACUCCUGCAUCGCCAUGCGCCAGUCAGGCUGUCUUCCGUUGCUCAUACAGCUCCUGCAUGGCAAUGACAAGGACUCGCUGUUGCUAGGUAACUCCCGCGGCAGCAAAGAGGCUCGUGCACGAGCGUCCGCGGCGCUGCACAAUAUCGUCCACAGUCAGCCGGAUGAUAAACGGGGGCGGCGGGAGAUCCGAGUGCUCCACCUGCUGGAGCAGGUGCGUCACUACUGCGAGGCCUGCUGGACCUGGCAGGAGAACCACGAGAGAGGCGUGGACCAGGAAGACAACCCCAUGCCAUCGCCCGUCGACCAUCAGAUCUGUCCCGCCGCAUGUGUCCUCAUGAAACUGUCCUUCGAUGAGGAGCAUCGACACGCCAUGAACGAGCUUGGUGGUCUUCAGGCGGUGGCGGAGCUGCUGCAGGUGGACUGUGAGAUGUUGGGUCUCAGUGGAGAUCACUAUAGUGUCACACUGCGACGGUACGCCGGCAUGGCGCUCACCAACCUGACGUUUGGAGAUGUGGCCAACAAGGCCACACUGUGUUCCAUGAAGGGCUGCAUGCGGGCCAUGGUCACCCAGCUGAAGUCUGAGAGUGAAGACCUGCAACAGGUGAUUGCAAGCGUGUUGAGGAACUUGUCAUGGCGAGCGGAUGUGAACAGUAAGAAGACGCUGCGUGAGGUGGGCAGCGUGCGAGCGCUGAUGGCCUGCGCCCUGGAGGUUCAGAAGGAGUCCACGCUGAAGUCCGUACUGAGCGCGCUCUGGAACCUGUCAGCGCACUGCACGGAAAACAAGGCGGACAUCUGUUCGGUAGACGGUGCUCUGGCCUUCCUGGUGGGAACGCUGACGCACCGCAGCCACACCAACACGUUGGCCAUCAUCGAGAGCGGUGGCGGCAUCCUGAGGAACGUCUCCAGCCUCAUCGCCACCAAUGAGGUGUACAGACACACCCUGCGAGAACACGGCUGCCUGCCCACACUCCUGCAGCACCUCAAGUCUCACAGCCUGACCAUCGUGUCCAACGCCUGCGGAACGCUCUGGAACCUGUCAGCACGCGACGCCAAGGACCAGGAGGCCUUGUGGGAGCUGGGCGCUGUGGGAAUGCUGCGCAACCUUAUCCAUUCCCGCCACAAGAUGAUCGCCAUGGGGAGCGCUGCUGCCCUGCGCAAUCUGAUGGCAAAUCGGCCUGCUCGCUACAAGGACGCCAGUGUGGUGUCACCGGGGGCCGGGGCUCCGUCACUGCACGCCCGCAAACAGAAGGCACUGUUCAAGGAGCUGGACGCUCAGCAGCUGUCAGAGACCUUCGAUAACAUUGACAAUCUCAGCCCCAAGGCGGCGCACAGGAAGGGGCGGGGCUGUAACGCCAGCAACGGCGGAGUAGUGAGCGGCACACGCUCCUAUACUAACACGCCAGUGCUGUCCAGUCCGAAAAACGCAGACGGCUCAAAGCGGAGCAGCGAUGACACCACAUAUGUGCGGCCAGUCUUCACGGCCAGCGUGCGAGCCUCCAGCGACAGCCUCAACAGUGUGACCAGCGCAGACGGCUACGGCAACCGUGGCAAAACAAAACCCUCUUCGGAACCGCUCUACUCUUCGGACGACAGUGGCGCCAACAGGUGCUGCAUUUACAGAAAGUACCCGGCCGAUCUGGCGCUAAAGAUUCGCAGUGCUAACCACAUGGCGGAUGAUGACGGCGCCGAGCUAGACACGCCCAUCAACUACAGUCUCAAGUACUCAGAUGAACAGCUGAAUUCAGGGCGCCAGAGUCCCAGCCACCGCGGCAGGGCCGAGGCCCAGGACGAUGACGAGCAGGCGGGCAGGGUGAGGAUGAGAAGCGAUGGCACCACGUCUGUGAGCAACAACACCCACAUGACACCGCCGCCGCCCUCAUGCUAUGUCACAGCCACGUCCAACUAUGGUGGUGACUCCACACCCGAGCAGCCAAUUGACUACAGCCUGAAGUACGCCGAUGUUCCACACAAGCCUCUGUUUGAAGCCCAAGAUGCUGCCGACCCCUCCCUACCUCCACCCCCUGCUUCCUCUGCCAGUAAACCCCGCCCACCUUCUCAAGCUCCCAACCGGCCGCAGCCAAAGAGCAACCAGGAGUCCACACAGACUUACUGCGUGGAGGACACGCCCAUCUGUUUCUCUGGUGGAAGCUCACUGUCCUCGUUGUCUCCUGAGGAGGAAGAGGAGGACACGGAUGUCAUUGGGAGGAAGAGUCGAGGAGCCAACGCGGUGGGCAGCGAUUUCUCCACACUCAGCGCUGGCGAGAAGGACAAGCCGCAGCAGCAGCAGAGGAUGCGACAGCAGAAGGAAGUAGAGAGCCAGACGGCUGCUGAGGUUCCCACCACACGAGGACGGCGUGGACACCACCAUCACCACGGGCACGGCCACCACCACCACCACCAUCCCCACCAUCACCAGAUGACGUCAUCGUCGGGUGCCAGGACCCCAAAAAGCCCUCCGGAGCAACCUUACGCUCAGGAGACUCCGCUGAUGUUCAGUCGCUGCACGUCGGUCAGCUCCCUGGGCAGCUUCUCCACGUCUUCCAUCGCCAGUUCUGUGCGCUCCAGCGAGCCGUGUAGCGGCAUGCCCAGUGGCGUGAUCAGCCCCAGCGACCUGCCUGAUAGUCCCGGACAGACCAUGCCACCGAGCCGCGCCAAAACACCCCCGGUGGCGGCCCCGGCCCCUCCUCCAAGGGGCACGGAGGAGGAAAAGGCUGGCGAGAAGGAGCCAGAGGACAGCAGUGCUGACGUUCUACUGCACUUUGCUACUGAGAGCACGCCACACGGCUUCUCCUAUGCCUCCAGCUUGAGCGCGCUCAGUCUUGAUGAGCCUUUCAUCGCAGCACACAUGAAGGAGGAGGAGGAGGAAAGCGGCAAAGAGGUCAGGGAGGUCAGGGAGGAGUCGGACGAUGAUGAUGAUACUCAGAUCCUGGAAGCGUGUAUCAACAUGGCCAUGCCCAAAUCAUCACGCAAACCAAAGAAACCUCAACAAGCAGCUCCACGCAAGGCCAGCCAGCUUCCCGUCUACAAGCUCCUCCCCCCUCCCAGUCGCAGCCAAUCGCAGCAGAGGAAGGACCUGCUGGCAGUGGAGGAGGUGCCUCGUGUCUACUGUGUGGAGGGAACGCCGCUGAAUUUUUCCACAGCCACGUCGCUCAGCGACCUUACCAUCGACUCACCGCCCAAUGAAGAGGCAAACGCAACUUUGGCUCCGCCCCCCACCUCCCAGACACGACGCACUGGAAUUCCCGAGGGCGAGAACGGCGACGACAUUCUGGCUGAGUGCAUUAGCGCAGCCAUGCCAAAAGCCAAACCCAGGAAGCCGGUUCGAGCUUCCUCCAAUGCCGAGCCGGUCCAUACGCUGCCCAUCCCGCCUCCUCUUCCUCCUCCACCCCCGCCCCUCUUCAGCCCCCAGCAGCACAAGAAGAAGCCCACAUCACCAGUGAAACCCAUGCCCCAGCGUGUGGCGUACACCAAAGUCAAACCGGGCUUUGCUUUCGACUCACCGCAUCACUACACGCCCAUCGAGGGCACGCCAUGUUGCUUUUCUCGCAACGACUCGCUCAGCUCGCUGGACUUUGAUGAAGACGACAAGGACGAAGACAAGAAAAGGAAAGAGCAGGACAAAAAGAACAAGCAGCAGGCAGCGGCUGUCUUCCCACAGAGCAAAGCUGCCACCAACCCGCCCACCGUGGACGAGAAGCAGAAGUUCGCCAUCGAGGACACGCCCGUCUGCUUCUCCCGAAACUCCUCCCUCAGCUCACUGAGCGACAUCGACCAAGAGAACAACAACAAGGAGUUUGCCACGCCCCAGCAUCCAGACGGAAACAAAGACGCCACAAGGGCGCCGCAUCUUCCUCAAGCAGAGGCUAAGACCCGCCCACUGGCAGCUUGCGGCUACACCCCCAAAGCCUUCCAUGUGGAGGACACGCCCGUUUGCUUUUCCAGGAACUCGUCGCUGAGCUCGCUCAGCAUCGACUCUGAAGAUGACUUGCUGCAGGAGUGCAUCAGCUCCGCCAUGCCGAAGAAGAAGAAGAAGACCACCACUGUUGCUGCCGCCUCACCGCUUCCCACUCCCAAAGCAGACCGGGACAUUCUGGUCGAAGAGGAACCUUCGGAGGUGCCGAGAAGCCCCGCCUCCCCGGACUCUGAGUCAUUUGAUUGGAAGGCGAUUCAAGAAGGCGCCAACUCCAUCGUCAGCAGCCUCAACGCCGCCGCCGCUUCUUCCCUUUCCCGCCAAGCGUCAUCAGACUCUGACUCCGUGCUGUCCCUGAAAUCUGUUGGCUCGCCCUUCCGCCUGCCGCCCAGCAGCAGCCCCGCUCAGGAGGAAGGGGAGGAGUUGAAGCGAGGCGCCAAGAUUGUGAAGCCGUCGGCAGACGUGAAGAAGAAGGAGGAAGAUGAGGAGGUUAAGUCUGUGAGGGGCGGGAAGAAGGUCUACAGGAGUCCAAUCACUGGCAAACCCAGGGCAGAGCUAUCAGCCAGGGGGCGGAGCAAACCCAGAGCAACUGUUAUGGCUAAGGCCCCAGGAAGUGGCGAUGGUGCAGAGCGUGGAGGCGGCUCCUCACGAGAUUCCACACCGUCACGCUCUUCUCAGAAGGGAGGAAGACCGUCACAGCUUCCACGCACAACGUCUCCAGGAAAUGCCACCAAAGCCGCCAAACAGAGCACGGUGGCCGCGAGGGGCGGGGCCAGCACCCCACAGAGCGAUUCUGCUUCCAGGGCCAGCAGCGCCACAGUGGCCAAGAAGCAGAAGGCGGAGCCUGAAAAACCCGCGCUCGUCCGUCAGUCCACCUUCAUCAAGGAGGCGCCCAGCCCCACCCUCAAGAGGAAGCUGGAAGAAUCGGCAACAGCGCCACCCAUUGAGUCCCCAUCUAGCCCGCCGCCCGCAUCCAGGAGGCCAGACACCACCCGCUCCCACUCGGAAAGUCCGUCACGCCCUCACGACGCCACAUCGUCACGCUUUAGUCGCACGGGCACCUGGAAGCGCGAGGGCGGCGCCGGUGCAGGAAAUGCUGGCAAAAAUUCCACCUCAUUGCCACGCGUGGGGACGUGGAAGCGCACAGGAAGCUCAUCUUCUGUGCUUUCAGCCUCCUCCGAGUCCAGUGAAAAGGGGCGGAGCGAGGAGGAGGCCAGCGUGAGGUCCAAGGGAAAAUGGCGGAGGGCCAAAAGCGCCGGCGGUGAUGCCAUCAACAAUGCCGACAAUUCAGAGGAAGUGUGGGUCCGUCUUGAAGACUGUCCUGUAAACAACCCGCGCUCCUCUUCUUCAUGCUCCGCUCGCUCUCCCACCGCCGCCAGCACCCCGCCCGUCAUCCACAGCCCCGCCCCCUCUAAAAUUCCCUCCUCUUCCUCGUCUUCCUCCUCCAACCUCAACUUGCGUCAGAGCUGCGAGAGCCUGGAUGACAAGCCUCCGCCCGAACGCCAGCAGCAGCAACGAGGUCAGCAGCAGCGAGGUCAGCAGCGCAGCGGCGCCGUGGCGGCCAGGGUCAGCCCCUUCAACUACACGCCAAGCCCCAGGAAAAGCAACCCCGACGUCACCGUGCCGACCGCCGCCUCAUCAUCCGCUGCCACGUCAGCGACCACGCCCUCACGGCCCUCGCUCAUCCCCACCCCCGUCACCAAGAAACGGGAACCCAAGGGUGGCGAAGGCGGCAGCAGUGAGCGUGGCUCGUACAUCGUGACGUCAGUAUGAGAACUGUAUUUAAGAUAGCCCGGCCCCUUUUGCCUCCUCCUUAACGAAACAAUUACUCAUGUUUUUCUAUCACUGUAAUGAUGUGUAGCGCUUAGCUUCGCCCUUAGCCACUUCCUGCAUGACCCCGCCCCCCAAGAUGAUUCUGGAAUCUACUGUUUUGUUUAGUUUUUUUAGAGACGGACUUUGUGUCAGCUGACUGAUGUUUGUUGUUUCCUCGGGAACAAACUCAUAACUUAUUAAUUUAAAUGUAAACCUUCAUUUUCACUGUCAACACUUAUGGAAGAAUAAAAGUCAACAUUUUAGCUGAA